UAAAGCAGGACUCAGCUAGCAUGAUGGCUCGAUGCGCUCCACGGCUUAUCCGCCCCUUGCUAAACGGACUUAAUUUGGGCAAAGUUCAGUCUUUUCAGUACCUCAGAGUAGCUGAGCACAGUCAGGCACCUGCCAGCCUGCAGCCAGAGAGAAGCUUCAGCUCAACACACAGGCUCCAUGAUGUCCCAAGGGACACAGGCUCUGCGGACAGAGUGACUGUGCAUUUUAUAAACCGGGAUGGAGAGAGACUCACGGCCACAGCCAAAGAAGGGGAGAGUUUGCUGGAAGUGGUAGUUAAUCAAAACCUGAGCAUUGAUGGCUUCGGUGCCUGUGAAGGGACAUUGGCCUGCUCCACGUGUCACCUCAUCUUCGAGGAGGACGUCUUUCAAAAGUUGGAUGCCAUUACAGACGAGGAGCUGGACAUGCUGGAUUUGGCCUAUGGACUCACUGAUACAUCACGCCUAGGCUGCCAGGUGUGUGUGAAGAAGGCGAUGGAUGGUUUGACUGUCCAGGUCCCAGCGGAGGUUGCUGACAUGAGGAGAGAGCUGGAAGUGGGAAAGCAAAGCAAAUAAUGUACAAAUAAUAUUAGUAACUGUCAUUGGCACCUGCACAAAGCCUUCCCUUGGAUUUAGGCGUGUUUUUUUUAAGUAUGUUAUAUUUUGUUGUUUCCAUUGAGCCUUGUGACCAGUUUGCAUUAGGUCACAUAGCUCCUGAUUCAGAAUCCAUCCCUAUUCAGCAAAACUCUUCCUUACACAUGUGCUAAACUUGAAGGACUUAAGCAUAUGCUUAGAGUUAAAAACGUGCUUAAGUCUGCUGAUGUUCAGCAAAACACCUCAGUGUUUUGCUUAAAUGCUCUGCUGAAUUGGGGCCAUAGCAAACAUAGGUGAUUCUCUCCCUUCCUUGAAGUUAAGGACAUGCCAUUCACAGUAACUGUUGGGAAUUUUGCUGGAUCUGGCUACUUAACUGUAGAGAGACUUCCCUUUUUGACAUAACUGGGGGGAUGCUAGUGCUAUAAAAUCAUAAUUGCAUGCAUCAGCUUGAUUAAAUAGGCUAGGUUAGUUUGAUAAAUAGCAAUGGAUUGAUAACAGGAUUCUGCUAUUUUAUACAGAAAUGGAAUUCUUUUUCCAUAAAUAUGAACUUUUUGUGCCAAUGUGCACCAACUGUGCUAAUUUCUCCAAAUAUUUGCUCCUUUCCCCACUAUUGUAUCCCAUUCCAGCUCAAAAAUAAAAGGCUAAUCACUGGGUUUCUAGACCAAUUAA